AUGGCAGCAGAAGACGUAAACGUCCCGGGAAACAACCCGGGUUCAGGAUCGUACUUUCCUCGCAUUGACCAGUUCUACAUCCCAGAAUGGCUGACUAUGCAGUUUGUGCUGAACAACAUGAUCUGCUUUACGCCGCUUAUAUCCUACGGCACCACUGUUCUCAGCAUUAAGAAAUCCAAAACCGCGCUUGGGUUUUCCAUUGACAUCUGCGCCACGAUGCUGCUGGCAAGCAUCCUCAGAAUCUCCUACUACCUCAUUACUCCUUACGACAUAACAUUGCUCAGACAGUCGCUCGUGAUGAUAUUCAUCCAGCUCAUACUUUUACACACGAGCUUGCGUUACCGGCCCGAAGAAUACAAAUACGAAAAUCUCGAGCCGGUCGAGCCUCUCACGCAGCUUCUGCACGACGUUUGGCUCGAAUACUUCCCUCUCAAUCCUUUCGGUCCAGAUUGGAGGCUCCUCAUCAAAUCACUCUCAUACAAAAGUUUCUUCGACUUCGCAUAUAAAAUCUUGCUGGUCCUGGUCUACAAGUUUCUCAAGUUCUUCGAUCCAAGCUAUCGAAGAUUCAGGUCUUUCUGGCAGUGGAACGAAAAUUCGAGGUUCUGGCUUUUCCUGGCCUACUUUUCAACUGCACAGAUCACGAUCACGCUCUUUGCCGCAAAAGUAAUGAACUGGGACUCCUUGGCCCAGUGGAUCGGCUCCACCAUUGGCUCUCUCGGACUUUUGAUCGAAUCCCUCCUGCCACUGCCACAAAUCUCUAUUUUGAACAAGCUCAAGUCUACCCAAGGAUUCAAGCUGAUACUUCUAGUAAGUUGGUUGUGUGGAGACGUGGUGAAAAUCAGCUAUCUCGUGUUCGGCGCCAACAAUAUAUCCGCUUUGUUUCUGUUUUUCGCCUUGUUUCAAAUGUCCCUCGAUUUUUAUAUCGCCUUCCAGUACGUCUACUACAGGUUCUACUAUCCGAACACAAUAGCAGUUCCACAGAACGAGGAAGUUGAGUUGAAGACUUUUGAUUCAGCUUCAACUUGA